UGGACGCCGGCGGCCGCAGGCGGGGCAGAGAGCGACACCGCCCCUGUAAGGGGGGGGGACUCAGCGCGGCCUGGAGCGAGAAGGUGGCGGUCAGAGAGAUUUGAUAGAUGGAUAAUAAAAUGGCGUUGGUUCCCUAUGACUACAGUGCAGUCUGGGGAUUGCAGAAGUUCCAUAAAUCUUCAUCUGUGUAUCAUUUUGCCAACCACACAAUCCAAAUCAAACAAAACUGGAGGCAACUGGGUGUAGCAGCAGUCGUAUGGGACGCAGCUGUAGUCCUAUGUACUUAUCUGGAGAUGGGAAGUAUUGAUCUGCAAGGGCACUCAGUGAUUGAACUAGGAGCAGGAACUGGAUUGCUGGGAAUAGUGGCCACGUUAUUGGGUGCUCAUGUCACCAUCACAGACAGGGAAGCCACACUGGAAUUUCUCAAGUCAAACGUUCAGGCUAAUUUACCUCCCGACUUCCAGCCGAGAGCUGUGGUAAAGGAAUUGACGUGGGGAAGAAACUUGGGGAACUUCUCGCCAGGAAAGUUUGACUUUAUCCUGGGCGCAGACAUCAUUUAUCUGGAAGACACCUUUGCAGAUCUGCUUCAGACACUGGAGCACUUGUGCUCAGAACAUACUGUUAUUCUGUUAUCGUGUCGGAUUCGCUAUGAACGGGAUCAGAAUUUCCUGGGGAUGCUGAAGGGACGAUUUUCGGUAUGUGAGGUCCACUACGAUCCUAGUAAGGAUGUACAUGUGUUCAAAGCACAGAAGAGCAUUCACAAGGAAGACUUUUGACUGCAUUUGUUUUCUCUAAUAUCAAACACUACUGAAGCUGUAGGAACUGUGACACUGAAGACCUGUCAAUAGCAAGAUACGCCAAAUAGCAGGGUGAUUUUAGAGCAAGACAUUUUAGGAUUCACACAGAGAGUGAACAUUCCUUGGUGCACCCACGUGUGUGUGUACACAUGCACAAAAAGAAGGGAUAUUGUGAGAUCAAGACAAAUGGAUUUUUAAAGACACAAUCAGCCUUUGGGUCUCAAAGCGUGGUUACAGCAUAGUAUUCCAAGCAUCACCACCUCAGUUACAUUAUUGCCAUGAAACUGCUUCUCUUAUUCUGACCUGAUAAGUUUUCAAAUAGGUUAAGGGCUCUCAUAAAGAGGAUGGUGAUGAAUUGUUCUCCAUGUCUGCUAAAGGUAGGACAGGAAGUAAAGGGCUUAAUCUGCAGCA